CUGACAUUCUGUCCUCCCAGUCCUUCACGGAUACACAUACCGCUCUGCGAGAAGGCACACGCGCCUUGUCGAGUACCUUGUGCCUCUAAUAAUAUUGUCCGCCCUCUCCUCACACUCAUUAACAGCACCAGCGAGACUCGAGAAGGAACACACACACUCAUUUUGCUACUAUGGACUCGAUGCGAUCCCUCAACACUUCGUUGCCUUCGACAACAUCACCGAAAAAACACAACCAACCUCCAGAACAACUUCUCCAAGCGUUCAGGGCUGCCGCACUUUCGGUCACAAAUCUGUACAAAACUGCCGCUUCGGAUCAGGCAGCAGCACAUGAAGCCGGCUAUCAAGACGCGGUCGAAGAUCUCAUAGCUUUCCUGGACAAAGAAAACCUAGGAUCGGGAAGUACAGAUGGUUCUAGGAUAAGACAGUGGGCUACGGAACGCCUCGCUGGUUCCGCACCCCCUCAGAAUAACAGCGAGAGCGAUGAAGAGACGGAAGUAGAGAAACGAGCCCGUAGCUCUUCCCCAGUUCUGGAACGCAAGUCUGUUCAAGAGACGCAACAGACGCCUACAGCGCCGACGCCCAUAGAGCGUCAUGACUCGGCGCCCCCAGUAUCGCCGGACGAGACAAGUCGAUCGAUACCCUCUGGGGAGUUUACUUUCCGAUCAAGCCACCCUUUUCCAAGCACGAAUGACGUUGAUAUGGAAACCACCGAUAAUAGCCAAAGCUCUACCACACAAGUACCCGCCAUGCGACUCGAAAUCCACCCACGAGGAUCAAGAAACCCUCCCCGACAUGGUAGUCGGAACCGCAACGCGAACUCUGCAAACCUGGGACAUGGUGCCGGGAUGAAAAGACGGCAUCAACUCGAAGAGUUCUUCGACAUUGGCAACUUCGGCAACGGCAAAGACCGAUUUGGUGGCGGGGGCAAGAAAGGGCGCUUCUCAUGAAUGACAUGUACGACUGAUCCAUGAUGUUCUCGAAUACCUGCAUCGACAAAGGCGUUUAUCACGGACCUCGGUCCACGAUCGGAGACAGUUUUGAGACUUAGCAAUGAUGGGCUGCAUGGCGCGGGGCCCUUUGACGAUUUGUUUGCAUUCGAUCGGUAUGAAUAAACGCAGAGGACACGAUAUUGCGGCGGAGCAAAGGCGAUGUCACGACAUAGAAUUAUACCCUAGUUGAGCUUCAUCCCGCAUUUCUGUGCAUAGCGGGUCUUGAUACAUAUACAAAUACAAAUACAUACGAU